AUGUACACAUCUUUUCACAAUCCAAAGGACAGGGACAAGGGCGAACGCCAACCCAACAAAAGAAGGAACUACAAAAGGCAUCACAUGCCAUUCCCCACAAACUCGGAGAAUCGCUCGUCAGGCAUUAUUUUCCGCAGGAGACCACGCGGCUUCCACCACAACAAGUUCCGCACCCGCACGUGCCGCAACUACGCGAUGGGCCUCCCCUGCCCCUUCGGCGAGAACUGCGCCUUCUCGCACGGCGACGCCGAGCCGCAGGCCGCGCGGGUGGAGGAGGGCGAA